AUGGAUGGAUUUGACUCUGAAACUUAUGUCAUAAGUGGUCCUUUGCGAAAUUUUUCCAUUAGAGUUAAAUUAUUCUGUCGGCGUAGUAAGGCAGAGGAGCAGUGUCUGGAAGAAGAGUAUGUGUUCCAUUGGCAGGAAAAGAUCUUCAGUCCAAAAGAAAAGGCUCUUUAUAAGGACCGAAAAAAUUGUACGACUGAAACGCAACUACUCUACAACAAGGAAAUAAGCAAUAUGAAAGGUUCAGGAUUCCCAACAAAAAGAUUAUUCACUUAUAUUUAUAAGGACGAAAUACCAGUAGAAAGAGACAUAUUCGUGGAUGGCAUUGGAACUAUAUCAUAUCCUGAAAAACGAAGAUCUAACAUCCAGUUGAAACUAGACAACCUAUCGAAUCAUAUGCCAACAAAUGAAAUGUUGGAGUUUCCUCCUGACCAUUAUAGACACGUUAGUCACCUACCUACUACAAUAACCCAAGAGAUGUAUAUAAUGGCCGAUUUGAGUAAUGAUAUUCCAAAUGAUGCUGCAGACUUAUCGCCUCUUUAUGUGGGCAAUGAAGAAAUUCUCUGCAAGAUAACUAUUGAUUCUAAUGGACUUUUACGUUGCAAACCCGAUUUUACUCGUGGGUCUGUUAAGUACAAAAUAAAAAGCAAACAAAAAGGGUCAUAUUAUUAUACGUUGGAAAAUAUUUCACUUCAAAUGUCUGAUCUGGACAAACAGAAAAUAAGAAACAUGGAUAAAGAGAUAUCACUUAGAAAAUUUUCCCACUUUUGUGCCUCCAUCGGCAAACAGUUUGAGAUGCCAAAUGAACACAGUUUCAGGCUUUUUAUCGCUGGAGAGAUAAUGGGUGCGACUAACUUUGAAAACCCUGGAUUGUAUGUACAAUAUUAUCUUGAAUUACCACAAAACUGGAAAGCGUAUGAUCAUAAGCUAUUAUGUGGAAGUUCCCAGAUAGCCUCUGUCAAAAAUUAUGGAAACGAAGAAAUAAUUAUGUUUUCGCAUCCGAUCGAAUUUGACCUAACAUAUAAACCUGAAAUAAGUAUCGACUUGACAAAAGGAUCAGUUUCAGUAUGGCCUACACUGUAUUUUGAAGUCCAGUCGCUUGACUUUUGGACUCGGAGUCGAACUGAAGGGUAUGGAUUCAUAGAACUUCCGCGCAUUGCUGGUGUUCACUCAAUUGGUGUGAGUUGUUGGCGCCCAGUAGGAGAUUCUGUUGUAGAGGAACUAAGAAGAUUUUUUAUAGGUGGAACAUGCCAACUAGAGGACCCCACAUUUGUCAAAAUACCUGGAUCAUUUGAAAGCAAUAACCUAGUGAAAUAUGGAUUUCGUACAAAAAGCACAGGAAAACUAUUUCUGCAUCUAAAUUGUGCAAUCCAAAGCUGGUCCAAUCUAUACAGGACUAUGAGCAGAUGUCCAACAACGGGUGAUGAUAAGCAAAGAAGGAUAGCACUUGCACACAUGGAUGUUUCAACGAUAAUAAAAGCGUACCAAAAAGCUCGUUCAAAAUUACUGGAAACCAGGAAAGUUAUAGAAGGCUUGGGGAAAGUCAAUUUAUAA